CACAAAUCUGCGAAAUCCACGUCAAAAAGAUGGAUGAGGAGCACUUUGACAUGCCGUCCUCUUCGCAAACAUCACGGUCAAAGACCGAGAUGGAAGUGUAUUGGCACUUUCAAAGGAGACGAAGGGCGUCCCAGCCGAUGGACCAGUGGCAGCAUUUUGCGGGAGCCCCUGUGGGAUAUUUGCCAGCUGCCAUGAACACCGCGGGCAGCUGCAGAAACUAUGCAGAGACCAUGGGACCAGACUUCAAUUCUGGAGGAAAUUUCUUUGUUCAGGGCGAUGCUGCAGUGCAGCCAGUGGCAGCUGCUUUUGGAGGAGCCCCUGCUGCUACGGCGGAAAUCCACGCCCAGCUGCUAUCGGCCAAGGAGGAGGUGGCAUCUUUGCAAGCCCAGCUCUCUACGACUGAGGUGGCAAAUGUUGAACUUGAGAAGAGCUUAAAAGAAAGGGAAGAAGUGGUUUCCAUCCUCCAAGCGGAUGCAACGAAGCUUGGGGAAGAGAUUCAGAACAUCAAGCUGAGUGAAGCAAACAAGGCAGAGGCUGAAAGUACUUUGACUGCCCAGGUUUGUGAGCUGCAGGCAGAGAACAGCCGCUUGCACGCGCUUCUUCAGGCGCCGUCGCCACAGAUGUUCGACAUAAGCAGCAGAGAUUUGGACUGCGAGUCCGAGGCCGCGACGACGCAGACGUUCGAUAUUUCCAGCAGCGAUGGGCCCGAGGGCCAGGAGACUCCGAGGGCGCCGCAGGCGAACUUCAUCGAGGGCGGGCAGGCCUUGCGUGAUGCCAUACUGAAGUUACUGAAGGAAGUGGAUCAAAGCGUGCAGGAAAGAACUGAAGCGUUAUCGGCCGAAGCAAAGGAGGCUUUGAACCAAGCCCAACAAAAACACCGUGAAGAAGUGAAGGAUUUGCGAGUAUACAAAGUUCUGUAUGAGUCACGAGAUGAACCUGUCCAGAUCAAUGGCAAUGCUCUGAACUUCGCGGUUGCCUGGAACAAGACCAGCCUUCAGGGAGGGACUCUUCGAGGCUAGCUGAGUGCCGAUUCAGGUUUGCAUGCCAAAGUGCAGGCAUUCGUGCAAACAGCCCUUAUCACUUUGCGGCGCUACAUGUAGGUUUGUAGGAUUCAGGCGAGCAUGGAAGUCUCGACAGACCUUGCUGAACUUGCUGUGGCGGGAUGAAUAGGGCUGCUUUGGCCGGUUAGCAAAUGAGUGCUUCGAUGAAAUAGUAUCAAGAAGGCUGCUGUUUCUGCUUCAUGCGUUACUCA